AUGCCGACCAUGCUUGUCUCGUCGCCUUCAUCUGCUGCGCCAACCCGAUUUCCCUCCUCGCGUCUCCAGCUGCCCUCCUACUCUGUAUCGCAUUCUCCUACCUCCGCUGCUCCUCCCGCGCCAACCGCCGUUUCCAACAGCUGCGACUCUUCUCUGCACCGCUCCUCGCCCUCCUCUCGUGCCCUCUUGUCCCCGACUGUCGAGGAGAUCCGCGCCGCCCUGCGAAAGCACACCGUUGACGCCACCUCACACUCUUCCGCCGCGGAGCCCUCGAGGGUCCCUUCUCGCGGCUCCAUGUCCUCUGGACCCGAGACCCUUGGGGGCGAAACCCGCCAAUCCAACAUCAUCAAUGGCUCCUCUGUUGUUGCGCCCCAGCCUUCGGAGAAUGCUGCUGCUGCCAAUGUACAAGCCGCCGUGCCGUCAGCCUCACCUGCCUCGACCAAGCGUCAGCUCGCCGAUGCCGCCGCCGACGAGCAGCCUUCGACGCAGCCUGCGUCCCAGUCCGCCGAACUAGAACAGAAUCGAGCUAAGCGAGUACGACCGCCAGCGCCGGACGUCAAGCUGUUGCCACGCGAGUAUGAAUUUGCCGAUCCGAACGACCUGGUGGUUCUGAUUUCGAGCAUGAUCAUGGAGUUGAUUUCAUACAACGACAAGAUUCCCCUGCAGGGAGGCAAACUAACGCGCUUCCAUUCACGAACGCCGCCGCGCAUUUCUGUGCGUGAUUACCUGCAGCGAUUAACCACCCAUGCCACGCUAUCUCCCCCAAUUCUUCUAAGCAUGGUUUACUACAUUGACCGGCUGUGUGCGCUCUACCCAGCCUUUACCGUGUCUAGCUUGACCGUCCAUCGAUUUCUGAUUACGAGUGCUACUGUUGCCAGCAAGGGUCUCAGUGACAGCUUCUGGACCAAUACGACCUACGCCCGAGUCGGCGGUAUCAGCCUUAACGAAUUGGCCUUGCUAGAGCUCGAGUUUCUGUGGCGGGUCGAGUGGAAAAUCGUGCCUCAGCCCGAGGUUCUAGUCGACUACUACUUGAGCCUCGUUGAGCGAUGCGAGUUGUAUGCGCUAGAGCCGGAGCCUCAGGCCGACACCCCCGCCACCAGCGCCACCAGCGUCUCGAUCCAGUGA